CUACCUUAUGACACAGCGGAGCAAGUUCCUUGUAAACAAUCUAAGUUUAUAUUAAACAUAGAGGGGGACAGGUGACUUGCAAAGUAUUUGUGCAGCUCUUUUAAAUCUGAAGAUUAGGGUGAGUGGCUUCUGGGCCAGUGUCAUCUUUCCUUUCUCCCCUCACACUUUGAGAGCUGGACUUGAAGACAAGGCUUCACAUUGUGGCACCACUGAAGGGGUACAUCAUGGGUUCAGAUGAGGCCUACAACUUUGUCUUUAAGGUGGUUCUGAUAGGUGAGUCCGGCGUUGGCAAGAGCAACCUGCUCUCCCGCUUCACCAAGAACGAGUUCAACCACGACAGCCGCACCACCAUCGGGGUGGAGUUCAGCACACGCACAAUUGAACUGAAAAGUCUCAUCAUCAAGGCUCAGAUCUGGGACACGGCUGGGCUGGAGCGGUACAGGGCCAUCACCUCCGCUUAUUAUAGAGGAGCUGUCGGAGCGCUACUGGUCUAUGACAUCACCAAGCAUCUGACCUAUGAGAGUGUGGAGCGCUGGCUUAAGGAGCUCUAUGAUCAUGCAGACCCUCACAUCGUAGUCAUGCUGGUGGGCAACAAAACUGAUCUGGGGUCAGAGCGAUCAGUGCCCACUGAGGAGGCCAAGGACUUUGCGGAAAAGAAUGGCCUAUUGUUCUUAGAGACAUCAGCCUUGGAGUCCACAAACGUUGAGACGGCAUUCCAAAAUGUCCUUGGAGAGAUCCACAGGAAGGUGAGCAGUAAAGAGGUGACCCGGGGGUCCAUUAGUGCCGUGUCUCUGGCCAGCCCUGUCCCCAGAGCUGCAGGCGACCCUGAAGAGAAGAAGCCCUGCUGUAGGAACCUCUGAUGGGACAAACCACCCAGUGUGGGGGGGUGGCUCAAAGGGGUGACUGUCGAGCAGUAUGGAGCUGCCUGACCCACCCACCCCUAUUACGACCUCAUGUGGUAUAGAGCACUCCAUCUUCCUCUAGUUAUUGUGCCAAAAGUGUGCACAUCUGAUUGAAAAGAAUGAUGCUGAGCAAGACCACUUUGAUGUGACACAUUUACAUGGUGGCAGACAGAAUGAGUUUUCCAUUCCUAAAGAUGAUGUAAUGUGUAUGUAUGUACAUGGCUGGAGGUCCAUGAUACAUUUCCCCAAAGAAUCCAGAAAUCAUUUGAAUAUAAAAAAUGUCUCAAACAAAGAUUUUGUGUAAACUUUUAAGAUUCAACUUUGCUUGGAAGGAUAAACAUUUUUUUGAAAAAAAGGUAGUCAACUGAUGUACAGAAUAUUUGUAUUUUUAGUGACUGUGAGGUUGGACAACAGGUGCCAAAACCAUGUUUAUAAUUUUACACAAAGCUUGAUUAAUUAAAUUUGCUGUCACUGUU